CACAAUCCAACACCCACCACAAUCCAACACCCACCACAAUCCAACACCCACCACAAUCCAACACCCACCACAAUCCAACACCCACCACAAUCCAACACCCACCACAAUCCAACACCCAUCACAAUCCACCACAAUCCACCAGCACCAUGCUGCCGCCCUGUCUGAUCCGGGCCGCGGGCCGCCCAUCCACAAUCCUCCGUCGCCAGGCACCCACGAUCUUCAGGGCCCUUCCUGCGUCCCAGAUGCUCUCCACUCGCAUGGUUGCUGCCGACCCCGCAGACACACUCAUGCCUCCCUCCUCGUGGCCGCCAGCGAUUCCACGGCGAUGGAUGUCCUCUGGCCGACCAGGCUCCCGCAACAACGAUCGUGGUCCAAGCAAUGACCGCAACAGCGACCGCCGCAACAGCGACCACCCCAGCAACGACCGCGAUCGCAGCUUCCGAUCCUCACGCUCUCCAUCGGCAUCUGGUCCCAGCACCCGCCCCACAUCCCGCUUCGGCUCCAGCUCCAGACCCAGCUCUGGUGAAAAGAACACCAAACAGAGCCAUGGGACUCACUCGACACAGCGACCGUGGUCCAAGGAGCCAAGAACAGCCGAGACACACUCGAAGCACUCGCCAAAGACCCUCUCGCCGUCUCUCUCGAGACCAUCAGUGCAAGCGUCGCAAGCGUUGCAGACACCGCUCGAUCCGCAUCAGGCCGGCCGGCCAGCAGGGCGACUCGAGUGGCACUCGGACCCAAAGAACCUCGGUACCCGGCUGAAGGCACUGAUCCGGUCGGGCCAGAUCGACGAAGCCUGGGACCUGAUCGAUCGACACACGGGGGCGACCAACGACGUUGUGUUUGCCGAGGCGAUCCAGGCGUUCAAGGACCACGGCCACUACGGAGAUGCGAUCGAGGCCUUCAAGCUGUAUUACAAACGCAAGUCGCGUGCCUCCCCAGAGCUCAUCACGUUGGGCUUGGAGUCCAUUGUGCUCUACUGCCAGUCAAGCGAUACCUUCGGAAAGGAGCGGAAUGACCUUGUCGGCUUGGCCAACUCUAUGUGGAACCGACUUGUCCCGCGAACCGUCGUCCAGGCAAAUCUGUUUCUCGAUCUCUGCCGCUCUUGCGUCUAUGAAAGCGGAUGGAGCCGUGGACUGGAACUGUUCCAGUCCAUGAUGUUCUGGGUCCGGCCAGACGGAAUGUAUCUCAAAAUCCAGCCUUCGCAGAGCAAGUCGGCUGAUUUUCCGCCACCGGAUCCUUAUACUUUCAUCAUCAUUCUCAAAAUGUGCGCCCUCUAUCGCCCGCAAGUUGUUGGCUUCGACGUUGGCUCCACCGUCAUGAGUCAGUUCAUCAAGAUAGCCACGAACCCGUCGUACCAGUCCCGGCCCGAUUCUGGUGUUCAUGGUCAGCCUUUCAAAGUGGACUCGGCCAUUUUAUCCGCAUUCUUCGACCUCUGUGCUGCUACGAUGAAGAAAGAGUCCCGCCGAGAAGCCUUGGCACUUUUGUCCAGAUUCUGCGAUCUGCCAACCGAGGUCCAGGCAGGUGCAUCCAUCCAAGAAACGGUCAGCCUCUGGAUCAAGCCCGUCCCAAGCAAAGUACCGCUCUCGCCUGAAUUGAUGCUCUCGCUCUUGCGAUUUGCCUCCAGUUGCAUCAGCGGCCCUCUCGGUCGUGUCUGGUUUGAGAUAUUUGAGCAGCGCCAGCUCCAGAUAUGCAGCGAUGCCGUCAAUCUUGUGAUUCCAUACUACUUGAGGCAUCGCGAAUUCGAGCGGGCGAUUCGGCUCAACGAAGCGCUUCCGACUCGGGAUCAGGCCCAAAACGCCAUCAAGAUAUCCUUAUCGGCGGCCAAGCAUGCCCAACAAACAUCGCCUGAUUCUCCCCUGGAUCGACGAUGGCUUCGGCUCGCAGUCUCCGCGAUCCAAGCCUCAGAAUCGGCGUGUGCCACAGAUUCUGCGACCAACCUUGUCGAGUAUCUCGGUAUCCCAGUGUAUUGCGAAUACGUCGAGGUUCUGUGCGCUUACGGUGACCCAGUCACGGCUCUAGCCGAAAUCCAUGCAAGGCUUCCACAGAUGGGUACAAUCGUGUUUUCAAAGAUCAACCAUUUCUGCCGACUGCACGAGCCAAUAUCUCGCGAGCCUUUGAGGCCCGUUCUCGAGCAUAUAUUCGAAGCCCUCGAACGGCUCAUAUCGACCCUCGAUGAAAUGAAGAAGCCCGGCCUUCCCUUGCGAGUGCAGGCCAACCUCGGCCGAGUGCGCGGCCAGGUCGACUCAUUGGUUGCGUCGUGGAUAAGGGCAAAGAGCCUGUUGCAGACUCGCUCCCCUGAAUGGCUGAAAAAGGCGAUUCCAGCAGACCCCGAAACCGAAGGAUACGCUCGGGUUGCAAAUAGCACCACGGAUUCAAUCGGCUUUGCCAAGUUCGGGCGCAACUACCGCACCAACACACCGCCCAGAGAUGAAACGUCUGAAACUUCGCCGGAAGCGAAGGGGCCCGCGUUGGGAGCGGGAGAACAGGCGCCGUCGCUAUCGCUGAGGCCUUGUGUAUGUCUUGCGAUCAGCUGCGCAUGUUGCUGAUCGCUUUUUUCCGUGAAUAUCCGAGCCCAAGGAAGCGGGUGCCUGUGCGUCUGAAUGACUCAGAGGGGCUUUCGGAUGCAGACAGAUCCGAGCCACGGUCCCG